AUGGCGACCCAGUGCUCAUCCAAUUUCGCUGCCGUAAACCGGAUGCAGGCGCUGGCCAUGAUCCUUUAUCUGGUCGUGGUCGUUGUCAUGCGAUCACGUGAAUCAAUCAUCGAGGGUCCGGGCGAAGACGCCAACUUUUUCAAUCUGUCUGAAAGCGUCUUUCGUGCCCUGCCCAUCGUCACCUUGGCCUACACCUGUCAGAUGAAUCUCUUCAGCCUCGUCACGACCUUGCACAAUCCUACGCGUCGUCGAGUCCGCAACGUCACGACAGCCGCCCUCACAGUGUGCAUGCUGAUUUACAUUAUUGUGGGAGUUUUUGGCUAUCUCACCUUUUUUGAGGAGACCCAGGGCAAUGUCUUGCUCAACUACGAGGUGGACGACAAGUUUGUCAUGGUUGGCCGUCUCGGCGUGGCGCUCGUUGUACUUUGCAGCUUUCCGCUAAUGAUGCACCCCUGCGGGGACAUUGCAGUGGAGAUGCUGCUGCCUCAGCGCCGCUUUGACACCUGGCCGCGUGUGGGUGUGAUUAUCACCAUUAUUGGCGUGGCUUAUGCCAUUGCCAUGACGGUGACAGACGUCAGCCUCGUCAUCGGGCUGGCUGGCUCGACGGGCUCGACCUGCAUCUCCUUCAUCCUGCCCCCGCUCUUCAUUCUCAAGUUGUAUCCCGCACCCUUGCUCAGCAUACGCAAGGUUGUGGCGCUGGUGAUGAUGAUCAUGGGCGUGGCUUUUCUCAGUAUUAGCACAGUGGUCACCAUUUUGGACGCCGUCCGGGUUGAUGACGAGGAUUUAGACUUGAGCAGCGUCUGCAACCGCUCUGCCCUGUAG